UUUUCUUCCCCCGUCAUACGUCACGUCCGGCUGGCGCGGACCGGAAGUGAGCGGGCGGCGGCGCGCGGAGCCGAUCGCCGCCGGGAUCGCGCGGGCAGCGUCAUGGGGGACAGCGACGACGAAUACGACCGGCGCCGGCGCGACAAGUUCCGGCGGGAACGCAGCGACUACGACCGCUCGCGGGAGAGGGACGACCGACGCCGCGACGACUGGAGCGACCGGGACUGGGACCGCGGACGGGAGCGCCGGAGCCGGGGCGAGUACCGAGACUACGACCGGACACGCCGGGAACGUUUUUCACCCCCCCGCCAUGAGCUCAGCCCCCCCCAGAAGCGUCUACGUCGUGACUGGGAUGAGCACAGCGGUGACCCCUACCACAGCGGCUACGACAUGCCCUACAGCGGGGGGGGUGCCGGCCCUACCUACGGCCCCCCCCAACCCUGGGGGCACCCCGAAAUGCACGUCAUGCAGCACCACAUCCUCCCCAUCCAGGCCAGCAGACUGGGGAACAUCGCGGAGGUGGACCUGGGGAUGGCCCCCCCGGUGAUGAAGAGCUUCAAGGAAUUCCUCCUCUCCUUGGACGACGCGGUGGACGAGACGGAAGCCGUUAAACGUUAUAACGAUUAUAAACUCGAUUUCCGCCGUCAGCAGAUGCAAGAUUUCUUCUUGGCGCAUAAAGACGAGGAGUGGUUCCGUUCCAAAUAUCACCCGGACGAGGCCGGGAAGCGGAAGCAGGAGGCGCAGGCGGCGCUGAGGAACCGCCUCAACGUCUUCCUCUACCUCUCGGAGAACGGCUGGUUCGACAACCUCCUCCUCGACAUCGAUCGCGCCCCCGCCAUCAUUAAAACCCUCGACGCCGCGGUGAUUAAGAUGGAAGGGGGGACGGAGAACGACCUGCGUAUCCUGGAGCAGGAGGAGGAAGAGGAGCGACAGGAGAAGGCCGAAGCGGCCAAAAAGGAGGAACCGCGACCCCCCGAUGCCGAUCGCAAAGCCCCUGACCGCGAGGAGAAGGAGGAGGGGAAGAAGGGCGAGGGGGAGACGCCGAGCGAGGAGAAGGCCAAGAAGGGGCCGGAGGAGGAGGAGGAGAAGGAGAAAGGCCGGAAGGAGGAGGAAGGGGACAAGGAGGCCAAGAAGGCCAGCAAGAAGCGGAAGCGGAAGCGCAGCGGCGACGACGACAGCUACGACGAGGGCAGCGCCAGCGACUCCGAGAGCGAAUCAGAGGGCGGCCGCCACGAGGGGGACAAGGAAGAGGAGAAGGCGAAGGACGAGAAGGGACGCGAGGAAGAGGGGGGGCCGGCGGCGCCGAAGGCCAAGGAGAAGGAGGGCGGAGGGGGGGACCCCAAACCUCGGCCGCUCCACAAAACCUGCUCCCUCUUCAUGCGGAACAUCGCCCCCAACAUCUCCCAGGCCGAAAUCGUGGCGCUCUGCAAGCGUUACCCCGGCUUCAUGCGCGUGGCUCUGUCGGACCCCCAGCCUGAGAGGAGAUUUUUCCGACGGGGGUGGGUCACCUUCGACCGCAGCGUCAACAUCAAGGAGAUUUGCUGGAGCCUCCAAAAUAUUCGGCUCCGUGACUGCGAACUGAGCCCGGGGGUGAACCGUGACCUCACGCGCCGGGUGCGCAACGUCAGCGGCAUCACCCAGCACCGCCCCAUCGUCCGCAACGACAUCAAACUCGCCGCCCGCCUCGUUCACGCCCUCGACGGUCGCGCUCAGCUUUGGGGGGCUCCCACCCCUGCCCCCCCGGGGGGAACGGCUCUGCUCGGGGGGGAUGGGCCCCCCAACCCCGACGGGGACGGGGACGCCGCCGCCGCCGCUGCCGCCGGGGCGGUGCCGUCGCAGAACCCGGUGCUGAAGCACAUCACGGAUUACCUGAUCGAGGAGGUGAGCGCGGAGGAGGAGGAGCUGCUGGGGCGCGGCGGGGGCGACGCCGAGGAGGGGCCGCGCGAGGCCAACCCCGCCGAGGUCACCGUCGAGCGUGACGAGAAGCUCCUCAAGGUGCUGGACCGCCUGCUGCUGUACCUGCGCAUCGUGCACUCGGUGGAUUACUACAACACCUCCGAGUACCUCAACGAGGACGAGAUGCCCAACCGCUGCGGCAUCGUGCACGUGCGGGGGCCCCUGCCCCCCAACCGCGUCUCCCACGGAGAGGUGGCGGAGUGGCAGAAGGGCUUCGAGGAGCGGCUGGGGCCGCUGCUGGCGGGGCGGGAGGCGCUGCCGGAGGAGGAAGCCCAGCGCCUCGGCCGCAAGGACCCCGAGCAGGAGCUGGAGAAAUUCGUCACCGCCAACACCCAGGAGCUGGGCAAGGACAAGUGGCUCUGUCCCCUCAGCGGCAAGAAGUUCAAGGGCCCCGAGUUCGUGCGGAAGCACAUCUUCAACAAGCACGGGGAGAAGAUGGGGGCGGUGCGGAAGGAGGUGCUCUUCUUCAACAACUUCCUCAUGGACCCCAAGCGCCCCGCCCUGCCCGAGGGAAAGGGGGGGCCCCCCCCGGGACCCGCCCAGGGCCUGGCCCCGGGGUUGCCGUACCCCCCCCAGACGCCGCAGGGGAUGAUGCCCUACGGGCAGCCCCGGCCCCCCAUCCUGGGCUACGGAGGUGGCCCUCCCUACCCCCCCGGACCCUACGCCGCCGGUCGGGGCAACUACGAGACGUUUCGGGGGCAGGGGGGGUACCUCAACAAACCCCGCAGCAGGAUGGUUCGGGGCGACCCCCGGGCGAUCGUCGAGUACCGGGACCUGGAUGCCCCCGAAGACGUCGACUUCUUCUAGGGCCCCCCCAAACCUCCCCCCCUCCCCCGGGACCCCCUUUUGAUACACCCCUCCCCCCCUCGGCCCCACCCUGCCCCCCCAAUUUGUACAUGCCCCACCCCCACCCCCCAAUAAAUGGCCCCAUGGGGGGCACCACCCACCUCA